AUGAACGCCGAGCGCCGCCGGGAUGUCGCCGGCGACGGCGGCCCGCUCCGCCUCUCCGUCCCUCCCCGCUACGGUCUCCGCCACUACCCCGCCUUCCCCUCGCCGUCCCUCUCCUCCCCUUUCCCCUUCUCGCCUUCGGUCUCCUCCACACCUUCCAAGCGCCGGCUCGCUUCGUCGUCCUCCUCCGGCUCCUCCGUCACCUCCGUCUUCUUCCUCCUCUUUUCCCUGCGCUCCCUCUACUCCCUCCUCCCCUUUCUGCGCGCCUCUCCUCCCACCUUCUCCCUCUUCCCCUUCUCCUUCCUGGUCUCCUUCUUCUCCUUCCUCCUCACCGCCCUCUGCUUCUUCCUCCUCCCCUCCCCUUCCGAGCCUCCUCGCGCUCGAUCUCUCCCAUCCCUGGGCGGCCUCCUCCUCCCCCUCGCCGCCAAAUCGCUCCUCCUCGCUCUCGGAUUCCUCCUCCGCUUCCAGGCCCUCCGCACCUGCGGAACCGCCGCCACCAUCCUCGUCGAGUUCUCCGGCGCCAUCGCCGCCAGAUCCAUCUCUCACUCUUCCGGCGACGGCGACGGCCGCCGCUCCAGCCAGAUCGUCGGAUUUGCCGCCCUUGCCACCGCCGUCCUCCUCCUCUCGCGCGGCUGGGAUCGGAUCGGAUGCUUCCCGAUGUCCUCCUCCUCCUCCUCCGGCGACGGCGAAUGUCUCAGGAUUCUCCCUCUGCUGCUCCCCUUCCUGUCGGGGGUUCUAGGGUUCUACGAGAGCUCGGCCUGCAACUGGCCGCCGCUGAGGAAUCUCGGCCGGAGGAGGCUCCGCCUGGUGUCACUAGGCCUGACGACGGCCCUGCUCUUCUUCCCCGCUCUCGUCGGCUUCAUCGUCUCCGAGGGGGAGAGCGGCGGCGGCGUCGCCAUGGGGAACCUCGGCUGGUCUCUGGCGAACACCGUCAUCUUCGGCGUCGUCCUCGCCGGAAACCUUGCCGAAAUCAAGCUCCCCCCCACUGUCAAAGAUCUCCGGCGGGAAUUCCUCUCCACCUUACUCUGCACUUCCGCUCUGGAGCUCUUCUACAACCCCCGCCUGUCGCUGCCCGGCUUCCUCCUGUCCGCUCUCCUGCUCUGGAUCUCCGUCGACCAGUUGGCAUCAUCCUCUUCUUCCUGGAGCCCACUGGAGCUCGAAAAUCCCGACGCCGCAGAGUCCUUCGCCUCCAUGGCCGCCAGGCCGCUCCGCCAUAUCUGGAGCGAGAGGAAAUCUCGGAAGAUCGCCAUGUUCCUCCUGAUCAACUCCGCGUACAUGGUGGUGGAAUUCACUGUAGGGUUCCUGAGCAACAGCCUCGGCCUUAUCUCCGACGCCUGCCACAUGCUGUUCGACUGCGCCGCCCUGGGGAUCGGGCUCUACGCCUCCUACAUCUCCAGGCUUCCUGCAAGUGCCCAAUUCAACUACGGAAGAGGAAGAUUUGAGGUCGUCUCCGGGUAUGUCAACGCAGUGUUUUUGGUUCUUGUCGGCGCCCUCAUCGUCCUGGAGUCGUUCGAGAGGAUUCUCGAUCCGCAGGAGAUCUCGACGAGCAGCCUCCUCUCUGUUUCCAUCGGCGGCCUACUGGUAAAUGUGGUCGGCCUGGUGUUCUUCCACGAGGAGCAUCAUCAUGCUCAUGGCGGCGGAGCUUGCUCCCACUCCCAUUCAGAGUCCGAUCACCGCCACCACCACCACCACCACCACCAUGGCUGCACCACUGGUGGUCGACCAUCAGAAUUGGACCAUCCUGCUGCCCAACAGUCGGAUACCGGCAAAGUGUUCUUCCAGGAGGAACAUCACCAUGCCCACAGUGGAAGAGCUUGUUCCCACUCCCAUUCAGAAUCCGAUCACCAUCACCAUGGCUGCACCACUGGUGGUCGACCAUCAGAAUUGGAUCAUCAUUCCACCCGACAGUCGAAGAGCCGCAGAGAUGCAGGUCAUCAUCAUCGUUCUCAUGACGAUCAUAGCAAUGAUCACCAUGGCUGUGUCACAGGUGGUCAACCAUCAGAAUUGGAUCAUCGUGCCACCCGACAUUCUAAGAGCAGCCAAGAUACGGAUCAUCAUCAUCAUUCUCACAACGAUCAUUGCAACGAUCACCCUGCUGAGCAAUGGACAGGGAUCAACUUCAAGGACUUAUCUGAGCACGAUCAUGAUCAUGGCGGCGGCCAAGAACACGAGCAUUGUGGUCAUUCUCACGGUUCUGAAAAACGCAUGGAAAUCUAUGAGGGUCAUGAUCAUGGGGAAAACACCGAUCACAUCUCAAGUCAAGCUUGGAAUCAGUCUUCUUCAAAAUUGACCAGAGGAAAGCCAGCCGAGGAGCCCCAGAGACGCCACGUCGUUGACCACAACAUGGAAGGCAUAUUUCUGCAUGUUCUAGCCGACACCAUGGGGAGCGUUGGCGUGGUCAUCUCCACGCUUCUGAUCAAGUACAAGGGAUGGCUAGUUGCAGACCCUGCAUGCUCGAUACUAAUUUCGGUGAUGAUCGUCUCCUCUGUGGUUCCACUCCUGAGGAACUCUGCGGAGAUCCUACUGCAGAGAACUCCCAGAACCCGUGAGUGGGAUAUAAAGGAAGCCAUAGAAGACAUUGCAAGGAUGAAGGGGAUCUGUGGCGUUGACCGCUACCAUGUCUGGAAUUUUACCACCUCAGACAUCGUCGGCACGAUUCAUCUUCGAGUCUCUGCAGAUUGCGACAUGGUUCUUGCCAGGGAGCAGGUUUCACAAAAAUUACAGCAAGCCGGAGUAAAAGACCUCACCAUUCAGCUGGAAUAUGUGUAG